AUGAUAAUUAAAACUGUCCUCGUUGUUGCUGCUGAUGAGGAGGGUCAAGACGGCGAAAUGCCAGAUGGAGGCAGCUUGGUUUCAGAGAGCGAGGCUGGUAUGACCGCAUCCGGCUGGUGUCCCCAGGGUCUCUCACAGGAGCUCUAUGCCAACCUCCGGCUUAAGGCCGAGGCCAUAGUGAAUGAGCGUCUUCAGUCACGCAUCGAACUUUCCUAUCCACACUCUCGACCCGAACCCUACCACCGCAAACUGGGUCCCUACGCGGCCUACCAGGAAAUGGUAGAGCUUGUCAAAACCUACAAGGCUGGCGCUAGCCAGGGCGAAACCCUCGAACGUUACGAAAUGUUGCGUACUUACGCUAAGAUCUUCCGCUCCUCCGGACCUCAGGCUCGGCCG